AAAUGCGCUAGCACGUAAAACACAUAAUGGCUAUACACUACGCUUGCAACCGCUUGUUGAACUAAUACAUAAUUAUGAUUUACAGGCAUGCUGUACAAUCCCCAUUAUAAUAUUAAAAUCUUACGCUGGAGCAUCUUAAAUCGAUGACAAGUCCAUGCUUACCUUAAAUAAGUGUACACUUGAUGUUAUUGUAUCAAAUUCCAUUUUUAUUUUGGCGCCAAACACUACUGUCAGGUUAAGUAAUGUAUCGUAUAUUAUUUUUGAUAUUAUAUUUGCUUUAAGGUAUGGCUCAAUGCUCCGAAUGCGGAAAAAUGUCGAAGACCAGAGCUGGAUUAUUGCGCCACAUUAGGGGACACGCUAACUCUGGAAACUAUAACUGCCUUGGGAAAGCAUUUCAGGAUGCCUACAAUCUUAGAAGGCUUCAACGAACAAAGGACCCCAAUGUCACGUGUGUGUACAGUGCGGCCAAGUACCUACUCGUGGCUAGAGAGAAAAGUGCAAAAAAGAGGGAUUGGUGAAAUGUUACCAGUGUGGGUUGGCAGUUAGGAGUGAGAAUGACCUCAGAGAGCACGUCAAUACCCAUAUGCAUGACAAGUGUUACAGUAGUGAGGAGUGUUUCAAAACGUACAAACGCAAAACAAACCUUUCUCGAUACGUGAGGACUUCACAUAAA